GUGAAGACUCUGUGGGGAAUAGCUGUGGAGUCACCGGGAACCAUCUUUGGCAGGGGAGGAAAAAUAGAUGGAGGAGUCUAAUCAGAACAGGAAAUAAGACCUGUGUGGAACUCUUGCCUUUUCUAUACCUCCUUGAGUUUCCAUGGUGAAGAAGGUCAUGCCCCGGAAGUGAAGCGGCCAUGUUGCUGAAUGACCCCGAGUGAGCUGUGCCGGCGGCGGGAGAGGAGGGGUCGGAGUCCCUGAAACGCGACGCAGCUUCCACCGUGAAGGUACCAAAAGCAGCCGCCGGGCCUUAGUCCUUCGUCCCUCCCACGGCUCGGCCUCCCUCCAUUUAUCCUCCAUGGCAGCGUGGACCCGUGAAGCAGUGCUGAACCUUUAUCGCGCUCUGCUGCGUCAGGGUCGCAGCUUGCGCUAUACUGAUCGCGAUUUUUAUUUCAACUCAAUCCGACAAGAGUUCCGUAAGAACCAGCAGCUUGAGCGGCUCAAAGAUAAGGAGAGACAACUGGAGAAGGGCCAGGCUUUCUUGCGCAGCAAACUUGGGGGAUUGAUUUAGAG